AUGGCUGUCCGAGCACAAUUCGAGAACUCCAACGAGGUUGGCGUCUUCGCCAAAUUAACAAACUCAUACGCCCUGGUCGGCAUCGGCGCGAGCGAGAACUUUUACAGCGUGUUCGAAGCCGAGCUACAGGACAUCAUCCCCAUCUGCAGGACAACGAUUGCGGGCAUGCGGAUCAUCGGGCGGUUAACAGCUGGCAACCGUAAAGGCCUACUCGUUCCCACAACCACAACCGACCAGGAGCUGCAACACCUUCGCAACAGUCUACCGGACGAGGUCAAGAUCCAGCGCAUUGAGGAGCGGCUGUCGGCGUUAGGCAACGUGAUCGCGACCAAUGACCACACGGCCCUCAUCCACCCUGAUCUGGAGCGUGAAACGGAGGAGAUCAUCGCCGACGUGCUCGGCGUCGAGGUCUUCCGGCAGACCGUCGCCGACAACGUCCUCGUCGGGUCCUACAUGGUUCUCAGCAACCAGGGAGGCCUCGUCCACCCCAAGACAAGCAUCCGGGACCAGGACGAGCUGAGCAGCCUGUUGCAGGUGCCGCUGGUAGCGGGGAGCGUGAACCGGGGGAGCAGUGUGAUUGGGGGCGGGAUGGUGGUGAACGACUGGAUGGCUGUCACGGGACUGGAUACCACGGCGCCGGAGCUCAGUGUCAUUGAGAGCGUCUUCCGGCUGACCGAGGGUGCGGCCCCCGGGGCGGUCAAUACCAGCAUGAAGGAUACGAUAGUCGAGUCAUUUUACUGA